AUGGCCACUUUUGUCGUCCUCGGAGGCACCGGCAACCUCGGCUACUUCGUCGUCAAGACUCUCAUCGAGGAAUACAAGGACGCCUACCCUGUGGUCCGCUUCACGACCCGCGACCCGACCUCCGCCAAGGCGAAGGAGCUCAUUGCACUCGGUGCACACGCAUUCGCGUUCAGCGACCCCCUCGACACCUUCUUCGCCGGCGCCGCCGUCGUCGCGAACAUCGUCUUCUUCCCGUCCGAGUUCGGCCCCGACCUCCGCAAGAUCGACUUCCCGGGGUACGAGCACCCCGAGUGGGCGACCAAGCGCGCGAACCGCGCGACCCUGCCCGCGCUCACCAAAGGGUCCGACCUCGUCGUCGUCCCCGUCACCACCGGGAUCUUCAUGCCUUGGGCGGUGCACAUGUCCGUCGACUGGACCACCCGCACCACGAUCGGCUUCACCCCGGGGAAGCGCAUGUCGAUGACGGACUUCGCGGACAUCGCGCGCGCGCUCGUGCGGCUCGCCGGGCUGGCCCGCGACCCCACGACGCGUGCGAGCGUGCCUGGGGCCGAGGACGGCGGGCGAAUCGCGAGCAAGUUCGUCGGGAGCACAGAGAUUGUCGACGUGGUCAGGAGGGUCAAGGGGGCGGAGAUCACGGCCAAGCCGUUCGACGCGACGCAGGCGAGGGAGACGCUAAAGGCGAUCUACCCGCCGAAGGAGCUGUCGGCGUUCUUGCUGUAUGCGGGGAUCCUCGUCGAGGAAGGGCUUUCGGACCACUCGGCCGACCGCCACAACGAGCUGGUCAACCCUGGAGAGAAGUUCUGGAAGUGGAAGACUUUCGAGGAGCUGCUGCGCUCUACGCAAAAUAAGAAGUUGUGA